CACUUGGUGCUUGAUGCAGGUUGCUAAGCUGAGUAGGUUGUAGCAGUGAAGGGGUUUGGUUACUGUUGCUGCUGCAGCAAUGAGAACAUCAGCGAGAGAGGAGGCGAGGGGAAUAAUCCUGCAACGCUCAGAGCGCUGAGCAUGCCUCAACAUGGACUCUGUUAUCAUGUGUGACAGAUACAGUAAAGGCUAGGGCUGAAUAUACUGGAUACUGAGUAGAAUCAUUUAAGAUCUAGUCACUAAGAACAGUUAAGUAUGAAGACACUCCAAGCAGUCAAAGUGAUUUUUUCAAAGGCAACUGGGCCCUGGUUACUACGUUCCUAACACCCAACACUGAGCUGUGCUUGUGGACGUUAUUGUAGCUGGAAUUUGUAUUCAUGAAGAUUCCUGACAUUGGUAAUGUGAUGAAUAAAUUUGAGGUCCUUGGGAUUGUAGGUGAAGGAGCCUAUGGUGUGGUAUUAAAGUGUCGGCAUAAGGAGACAAAUGAAAUUGUGGCAAUUAAGAAGUUUAAGGACAGUGAAGAAAAUGAAGAGGUCAAAGAGACAACGCUUCGGGAACUUAAGAUGCUUCGGACGCUGAAGCAGGAGAACAUCGUAGAAUUAAAAGAAGCCUUUCGCAGACGAGGGAAGCUCUACUUGGUGUUUGAAUAUGUAGAAAAGAACAUGCUAGAAUUGCUCGAAGAGAUGCCAAAUGGAGUUCCACCUGAAAAAGUCAGAAACUACAUUUACCAGUUAAUUAAGGCCAUUCACUGGUGCCACAAGAAUGACAUUGUCCACCGUGAUAUUAAACCUGAAAACCUCCUAAUCAGCUAUGAUGACAUCCUAAAGCUCUGUGAUUUCGGAUUUGCUCGAAACUUGUCAGAAGGCAGCAAUGCUAAUUAUACGGAGUAUGUGGCCACACGAUGGUAUCGUUCUCCAGAGCUGCUCUUAGGAGCUCCUUAUGGCAAAGCUGUGGACAUGUGGUCAGUGGGAUGCAUCCUGGGAGAGCUCAGUGAUGGGCAACCACUUUUCCCAGGUGAGAGUGAAAUCGACCAGCUAUACACGAUCCAAAAAGUACUUGGACCAUUGCCACCUGAACAAAUGAAACUUUUCUACAGCAACCCUCGCUUUCAUGGCUUACGGUUCCCAGCAGUUAAUCAUCCACAGACUCUAGAAAGAAGAUACUUGGGGAUCAUUAGUGGUGUCAUGUUGGAUCUUAUGAAGAAUUUGCUGAAGUUAAAUCCAUCAGAGAGAUAUUUGACGGACCAAUGUUUAAAUCAUCAUGCCUUUCAAACGCAGCGGCUACUGGAUCGCACUGGGGGUUCAUCACCUUCACGCACUUCCAAAAGGAAAUCAUAUCAUGGAGAGAAUAAUGCCCCUUCAAGCAGGAGCCAUGGUAGUAAAAGUGGAGGGCUGCAGUCUCACCACAGAUCGAACAGCAAGGAUGCUCAGACUCUAGCAUCCAGCCUGCCCCGAGAAGAACACCACCAAGCCGCUGACGCCUUUCUCAAUGGUAACCUGCCACCUGCAGCUGCGCUCAGUCCCACCAUGCACCCGAAGAACUAUCAGCAGCAGACUCUCAGCCGCUCAGUGUCAAGCAACAAGGACCUGGCCAACAAUAAUUUGCCUCAUCUUCUUAGUCCAAAGGACACCAAGGGAAAGACCGAAUUUGACUUCAACGUGGGAUCCAAAGCUUCUGAAGGCCCUGGAGCAAAAUACCUAAAGUCCAAUAUUCGUUCACUACAGAACAGACAUUCAUUUAUAGAAGGGAAAACGGGAACUCUGCAAUCGGGAGAGAAACACAACCGUCAUAGCUAUAUGGAUUCCAUGCACAGCUCCAUGCCUCCUCCUUCCAAAAACUCCCCUGCAUACCUGACACUCUCCAAGAGCCACGGAGUCCUCACAGACUCAAAGUCUGUUGGAAAUCUUAGCGAUGCACGCAUACACCUCGAAGACCCUAAUUCCCGCUACUUCCCUUCCAGCUGCAUGGACCUUAAUGCUCCUACGAGCCCAUCAGCUCCAAGGCAUAGCGACAGUCGACCUGUGAUAAGUCCCUCUGGGCGCACUAACCGAAUAGAGAGUGGCACCCUGGACUCUCGAAGGCCAUCAACCCGACACGCCAAGGCUGUGGAUGAAUUGAAGUCACCUGACCAUGCGGACGGUGGUGGAGGACAUGCUCAUUCACUUUCUGCUCCCCAUGAGUCUUUUCCAUAUGGUCUGGGUUACACUAGUCCUUUCUCAUCCCAGCAGAGACCUCAUAGACACUCAAUGUAUGUCAGGAGAGAGCGACCGAGAAUGCAGGGCAACGAAGGAGGCCUAGUUGUUGGCCAGGGCAUGCAGUCCCGUGCCAGUAGUCUCCAGCUUCUUUCUCCACAAGUACAGCAUCGAACUCUUACAAGACAUUCUGCAGGAUCCUCAAGGGAAGACUGCAGUGAUGAAAUAGCCAGGAGUGACCAGUCUCAAACCGAAGUGAACCAUUCACGACCACCCAUUAAGGAUUCUACCAGGGAUAACACAGCGUCAUUCCAUUCACAACGGCAAAAAUCAGACGUGCCGGUCGGAGUUUAUCAUGAAUCCCACCCUGACGAUGGAGCAUCAUCAAAGGAAAACAGAAUAAUAUAUACUGACUCUAUCCCAAGAAGGGUUGGAAGUUUUUAUAGAGUUCCAUCACCCCGACCAGAAGCAACAUUCCAUGACAGCUCAGUACAAAGCCGUGUGUCUGCUGUUCCAGGAGAUACUAAUUCAAUGUCAAACCACUCAAAGAGACAAUCUUCUUUUGAUCCUUGGAAAAACUCAGAGAAUGUAAGUGUCAGCCCUCCAGAGCCAUUAAAAGAGAAAGAAAAACAGGGAUUCUUCAGAGCAAUAAAAAAGAAAAAGAAGAAGUCUCAAACGACGGAAAGCAGCGAUGGAAAGAAUCCAAGCAUCAAGAAAUGCCUAUUUCCUCUUUUUAAUUCAAAGAAUAAUAUAAAGCAUAGCUCCUCUUUGAAAGCUCUACCUGUAGUCACUUCACCCAUGGUACCAGGCACUGAUGCUCAAGACCCUCUGACAGUACAAAAGGCAAUCCGAUCUUCAAAUCACCAGGGCAGCAGACACAGGAACAGAGAUCGAGAUAGAGACAGAGAUCGGGACCGGGACCGAGACCGAGACCGAGAAAGAGAACGGGACAGAGACCGGGAACGGGAGCGGGAUCGAGACCGAGAACGGGACAGGGAACGAGACAGAGAAAGGGACAGAGAAAGGGAAUGGCUUCCCGAGAAUAUGACUGAAGCACAUUCUCAGAGCCAGCCAUUAAAAUCCUUAAGGAAACUUCUUCACCUAUCUUCAUCCUCUAACCACCCUACCACAUCAGAACUGCGCUUCCAGCCGCUGCCUAACCAGCCAUCGAAAUCAGGGUUUGCAGAAGGACGUGGCCAUCCAGGUGGUGGUGGUGGCAGCAGUGGGGUUCCUUCACAAUCCAAGAGCAGGCAGGGCUUCCAGCUCCCAGGACAGAUGGAAUCCAGCUGGCAUGUGCCCCCUUUAAACCGCACCGGAGGUGAUGGGACCCCGUAUUCUGACCAAAUGCCUCCAAAAGGCAGCCAGAAUGGGCACGGCUUUAGCCGAUCAUCUCGUUCCCGGAUGCCAAAUCUCAAUGAUCUGAAGGAAACAGCCCUGUAGUGUUCACCAUUACUGCUCCUCCCUUCUAAUGGAAAAUUUCCAAAAUUACACUGUCACGUCUGCUGCCUAGUAGAAACAUUAAAAUAUAUUAAAAGAAAAAAAAAAUUAAGUCAGGUUUGUGAAGCAGGUGUUCCCUUUUCCCCAAAGGCUCACGUUCUAAAUGUAUGUCUUAAUUUUUUAAGCUUCCAUAUUUGAUAGAAUUUGUAAUAUUAUUUAUGAUGUUCUGAUUAUUACUUUCUUGUUAUAUGGUUAUUAUGUCACUGUUAAAAUGGCAAUUUAAAAAAGUG